AUGACGCCCGCAAGACGCUCCGGAAACGCCUCUCCCGCAUACGUGGAUCAGGUGACAAUGAUGCUGAUCGUCGGUGGCACCGACGACGUGGGACUGCUGGACCUAGACGCGCUGCCGGACCUGCCGAAUUUCGAGGAGGAGGCGGCCCCGGUGGGCGGGACGCAGACCGACUCGCUCGGCGCCAGCGUCAAGGUGCGGGAGGUGUCGCUGCCCGAGCUGCCCGGCGGCGACGCCGACGACCUGCUGCCGCCGCCGAGCCCAGCCCGAUCUCCGACGGUGGCCUGGGCUUCUUCGAGUGGACCGGGGUCUGGAUCGGCGGCCUCUUCGUCCUCGGCGCCAUCGGCACCGCCGGCUCCUACGCCCUCGCGCGGGCCAGCCUGGACCCGGAGUUCGCGGAGAACGCGCUGCUGGGCUCCAAGUUCGUCCUGA